UCACUUCCUUGCCCAUCCCUAAGGGAAAAACGAAAUAUUAAAAAGAAAGCAACGAAGCAAGGAAAGACUGAGAAAAAAGACGAAAAGUGAAGGUAAACGAGGGGAAGCCAGAUGAAAAGUGAAUUGGGUAGAAGGGAGCAAGCGAACAACCAAACUACGCGUAACAAACAGUCAUGCCUCUCCACAAGUCAUCUCGCGGGCAUCGCCUGGACCCCACCAUGAUUUCAGCUCCCCUUGGGGACUUUCGCCACACUAUGCACAUAGGGAGAGGUGGUGAUGCAUUUGGGGACACUUCUUUCCUGUCCACUCAUGGCCAAAGUCCACCCGACUCAAACUCUGUCCCAGCGGUUCCUGGAACCAACUCUGAAGCACAGCUCAGCGAUGGCACUACCAAUGACACCAGCCCACAGUCUUGUGAAUUGCAACACUCAGAAUCUGUAUCUUCUCUGUCACUGGACCUGGAUUUGGACUUGGGUCCGUCAAUUUUGGGAGAUGUUUUGGGAGUGAUGGAUGGACUAGCACUGGACUCUGCCUGGACCACUACUGGUGGGGAGGAAGUGUUUAGUCCAAGCCAGAGUGAAGGAGAGAUAGAGCUUAGUGGAAAUGCAGAGGAGUCUCUCUUAAGCGCUAAAAAUGAGUUGAAUGUUAAAUGGGAGAUUAGCCAAGAUGGGCAAGAGUUUAGGGAGAAGGGAGAUAGGCAACUUUCAGAUGGAAGUAGUCUUAAAUGUAAAGGGGUGGGGCUUAGGCCUAAAGUGAGGUUUAGUGACAAAAGAGAGGAAAUUAUUGGUCGUGAGGAAGAAGGUUAUGGGCUGGAGCAGGAUGUGUAUGAGGCAGAGCAUGUGUGUCCUGUACAGGAAGAGGGUGAGGCAGGCAUUGGGACUGACAGCAAGCCUACCAUAAGGGGGAGUGACGGGGAAGAGCCCACCAAUCACUUGGCAGAAUCCCCCCCAAGCCCUGCCUCCUCACUCAGCUCAGAGUAUGAGGGAGUCACACCAUUGGACAGAAGGAGAGAGGAAGACUGCCACUCAGAGACGGAUUCUGAAGAGGAGGGAACAGGCAAUGAGCGAGGUUACACCUUUGAGGAUGAGUUUGAUGAUGAGAUUGGCCUAUAGAAAUGGAUCAGAUGGACCAAUGACCCAGCAGAAUUGUGUUUGUCCUCUGUAAUCAUGUAUAGUAUAUGUCUAUUUUCUUUUUUUCCUCCUUUAAAAAAAAAAAAAUAUAUAUAUAUAUAUUUUAAAGGGAGCUGGACCAAAGUAUACCUGAGAAUUUUCCAUUCUAAAACUGCAACUGGAAAAUGUAAAGAUCACAAAUUUAUUUUAAUUGUAUGCAUUUUCCCCCUUUAUCGAACUGUGCACUGUAUUCAAAUCCUUCAGUGAUGCAGUAAUUUUAUUGCCCUUAUUUUAGAAUAUUUAUGUAUUUUGAGCAUUUGGUAAUCUUUAUAAGAACAUGGGUUUGGGUUCACAUGAUAGGCAUGUCCCCAUUACUGUGUAUACAUUUGCCCUCUGAUUUUCCUAGUCAAGUGCAAGUUGUUGAACUGAACAGGUUGAGUGGAAAGAAUGCAAAUAUUGAAGAUUAAUCAUGGACAAUGAAUCUUGUGAGCAAUAAUGUAUUUUAUGUCGACAUGGCCGUUUCUUAGUGCAUGCCAUGUCAUGUAGAGUGGUCUGCCUGGACAGUUUGGACUCUAGUCUGAAAAACAUUUGAGAGACCUGUGAUGUCAUUUCUGAUAUGAAGAGUAUUUCAUGUUUAGUAAUGGCAGGAUCCCUCAUCCACCUUUACCACUAAUGGAAUUUUAGAAAAAUUGUUUGUAUUUUUAGUAUUUGUGUCUUGUGAAAAAUGUGCUCAGCAGAAGUCGGCAUCACAGGCAUACAAUAUAUAUAUAUUUUAACCUAGGUGAUCUAUACCUCGAUCCUUUUGCUGCAUCUAAUUGGAAGCUGGUUUCACUACACUACAUUUUCAUACAAUGAGAAACUUUGAUAGAUCAAUGAUUUAAUGCCAGAGUUGCAGUGUGUUUUCAUUACAGGUGGGGGGGGGUCUUACAUUUUGUGUCGGCACAUUAUCCGGUUUGAACCCCAGGCACUGAAUGGAGGUUUGAAGAUGGUUUAAAAUGCAAAUGAGAAGCUAUAGUUAAGAAGCAGUUCUGAAAGUACAGUCCAAGCAAUGAAAACUCUACUCAAUAAAGCAAGGUGUUAAUGAACAGGAAUGGGUAAAUACAUUUUUGAGAAUGAUCAUACUUUUUUCCCUUUUUUUUUUUUUUUACAAUUCUGUUUGGAUUGUAGAUAAACUCAUCAGUGUUUGAUUGUACUAUUUAAGACUAAAUAUACACACAUGAAUUCAAAAUGGACAAAUUCACUUGUUCUUUUAACCAAUUCAGUGGCUCAAGAUUUACCUCACAUGGUAACUACAGUACUUGACUUUGUCCUCAAGCUGUAUGUGUUUUCUGUAAGCUAAUUAGAGCUCUACUAAAAAAAGAAAAACACAUUUGGCUCAUGCAGUAAUAUAAAAGCUUUGACGAGUGAUGUGGGGGAAAUGCAUAGCUAAGUGUAAACACAAAACACUAGGUCUCAGUAAGAACAGAAUACAGUAUGGGAGGCACAAUUAGAAAUGGCUAUAUGAAAGUUUUUUUGGGGUUUUUUGGAUCGCAUGUAUAAACAUUCCUUAAAGGGGUUUUCUUUGGUUUCCCCCAAAGAUAUUCUUAUGAUUUUAAAAUACUAAAUCUUAAGAUUAUCAGAGAUCUGUUUACCUUGAAUAAAUAUUUACCUGCAUCAA